UCGUAACAUAUUUAAGGCUGAGUGCAAAGCACAGAGAAAAGCAGUGGUAUACACUGUGGCUUGAUAACUAUGACAACACUUAAUAGCAUGGAAUCCUAAAUGCAUUUGUAGAGCACAAGAGCACUGGUAGAAACCUUUGAGCAUAGUAGAAUCAGAAGACAGUGUUAAAAAAAGGGUUUUAGAAAGAAAUUUAAAAACGUUUCACCAUUAUGGAAAUCCCUGACAUGGCUUCAGAAAAACAUCCUUGUCGGCCAGAGAUGUUUGAUUUUGAGGGUAUUUCUAUGACUACCUUUUUCACUGACAACUGGGAAAAAGUGAAAAAUUUUCAGUCAAGACCUGAUGACAUACUAAUCGCCACAUAUCCCAAAGCAGGUACAACAUGGGUUUCCUAUAUCCUGGACCUUCUGUAUUUCAGUAAUGAUGAUCCAGAGUGUCAGACUUCCCAGCCUCUCAAUAUGAGAAUCCCAUUCCUAGAGUCAUGCUUUCAAGAGUUUUCAAUGGUUACAGGCACAGAAAUGGCAGAUAGUCUGACCACCACUCCUCGUCUCAUCAAAACUCAUUUACCUGUUCAGUUAGUACCCAAGUCCUUCUGGGAUCAGAACUCAAGGAUUGUGUAUGUAGCACGUAAUGCAAAAGACAAUGCCGUUUCCUACUUUCAUUUUGAUCGAAUGAACAUGGUACAGCCUGAACCAGGGGACUGGAACCACUUCUUAGAGAAAUUUAUGAAAGGAAAAAAUGUGUUUGGUCCUUGGUUUGACCAUGUCAGUGGAUGGUGGGAGAAAAAACAGACAUAUUCUAACCUACUGUACUUGUUCUAUGAGGAUUUGGUUGAAGACACUGGACGUGAGGUGGAACGUUUGUGCUCAUUCUUGAGUUUGUCCACUUCAGUUGAAGAGAGGGAAAAAAUUACAAAAGUGGUUCAGUUUGACAUUAUGAAACAGAACAAGAUGAUCAACCAUGAAACAAUCCCUUUCAUGGACUUCAAGAUCUCACCCUUCAUGCGAAAAGGUAAAGUUGGAGACUGGAAAUGUCACUUCACUGUGGCACAAAAUGAACAGUUUGAUGAGGUCUACAAACAGAAGAUGAAUACCACUCUCAAGUUUCGCACUGAGAUUUAAUAUUUGAGUUCUAGAUCUUUUUGAUUGUUAGUGAUAUUGAUUAUUAGAAAUUGAUUGUUAGUGAUGUGUACAACUUUCAGGACAGACAUAGAAUAACCUCAGAAGUUUUUUAACCAGUGGCAGACUAAGGGCCAGGUUUACUAACAGCUUGCGCCAGUGCAAACAGUCUUUUGGGGUUAAAAUAGUACCAUCAGGAUUUACUAAAGAUGUACAGUGAAGAAUAAGCUCUGAAAUUAUGUGGACACAGUUAUUUUUGUGCCUGACUUUAUUGAAUAUGCAUUUGUUGGAAUUUCCAUUUCAGACGCAAAAUUUAUGGGAGGAGAUUAUUAAAAUUAAUCAUGCAACGAGAUUUACUAACAUUUGCCCUUGUCAAAUUACUGGUAUUUGCACCAUUAUUUAACACCCCAAAAAAGUAUGUCUUAAAUGUUUUGCAUUUGAAA